AUGUUUGAAUUACAAUCGAUAAAUUCAGCUGAGCUCAACAAAUUAAAAUCUGAAAUAACAAUUUUGAAAGUAGAAAAAGCUUAUUAUCGAAGUAGUUAUAAUUAUGAACAACUAAAUACAUCAAAGAUAUGUCCUCAGGGAUCCGAGCAGCCCACAUGGAGCCAGGUGGUCCAAAGGGGAAAGAGGAAAUCCCCGUCCCGGCCCAAAGCCCAGCCUUCUCCGGCAACGGAGAAGAUCUCAUUGCUUCGCCAGAGAGCCCCUAGGACCGCAGCCGUCACCAUUGACCGCCCGGCCGAGGGGGGUUCGCUGGCGGCAGUCAUGAAAAGGGUGUCUGGUUCCGUGAGCUUGGCAAGUCUCGGGGUCAAAGUGGUGACUACGAGGCGCACCAAAGCCGGCGGAAUCCUCCUCGAAGUGGAAGGCGAGGAAAAAGCCAGAAUCCUGGAGAGGAGGAUCCGAGAGGUGGUAGGAGAGGCCGCCAGAGUAAGAAGGCCCGAGCGGAAGACUCCCGUCCUCCUUCUGGAUGUCCCUGAAUGGGUAGAAGUGGAGGACGUGGUCGGAGGGCUCGGCGCGGCCGGAGUAGUCGUCGCGGCUCCUGACGUUGACCGAAUUUCCAUCAGGAAAAACGGUGGCAGCCGCGUCGCGAGGGUAGAUUUACCUUUCCGCGACGCCAUCGCUCUGGCCGAGGCAAAGGUGGUGGUGGUCGGCUGGACCCGUUGCAGGGUAAAGCUUCUUGAAAAGAAGCAAACCACCUGCUUCCGGUGCCAGCAAAAGGGCCACCUCGCCGCCGAGUGCCGCAACGCGGCAAAGCCUCGGGCUUGCUACAGGUGUGGAGCCACCAGCCACCUUUCGCGGGGCUGCUCGGAAGGCAGAAGAGGAAGCGGCGAUCCAUCUUCGGUCGUUGGAGGAAGUAUCAGCGGUGGUACAACAGUAGCGGUGGAGGAGGGGCCUGCCGAGAUGCAGCCAGUGGCGGAGGAGUCGUCGCAGCAGUUGGCCGGGCGGCCGGCGAGCCGUUCCGCCUCCGCGUCGUCGUCGGAACCGCAGCCAUGA